CCGGCCACGGUGUUCUGCAGCCAAUAAACGGGCUUGGCGCGAGUUUCCGAGCGCGCGCUGGUUCUCCGUGUGUUGGUUUUGGCGCGCUGCAGUCAGUCUGCAGACGGAGCUCGGUGAGGAAGAACACGCCAUAACGUUACACACACACAUUCCAUUCAAGGUUACUGCGAGCAUACACCGCCCGUCACGCCAUGCCAAGCACCAGGUCAAAGACUCAAACCUGUAUUGAGUACCCAAAGAAGAAGAAUGCGAGGUCACAAACUUGGGAUAAGGCACAAGGGAAGGGCAUUGUGGACCCUGGAAGCUUUGUGGGAAAUUGUAUUUCUCCUGUCUCAAAGGCACUUCCCUUGAGUCCCAGAAAGAGGCUUGGUGAAGAUAAUCUUUGCAACAUCCGUCCUCUAUCUCAGUGCUCUCCUCCCAAGUUAAGUCGCAAUGAGAAUGGGAUAGCUAGUCCUGCCAAAGGGAGACGUUUGCUGUUUAAUGAAAACCAAGCUUUAGAAGCACAUACUUCUCCUUUGAAGGAGCAAAAUUCCAAAAUCUCUUCUCCUCUUAGAAGGGAACAAGAAACCCCAACCAGUGCAAAUCACCGUAACCUACAAGAGCGCAAGAGUGUGUGCACUAGACUUUUUAAGCAAGAGGGCUCUUGUUACCAGCAAGCCAAACAUGCUCUGAACACAGCGCUACCAGAGCGUCUCCUGGCCAGAGAGAAAGAGACAACUAUUAUUCAGAACUUCUUGAAGAAACAUGUGUCUUGUGGGAAGCCUGGGAGUUUGUACAUUUCUGGAGCUCCAGGAACUGGCAAAACAGCCUGCCUAAACAUACUGCUGCAAGAGAACCAGGAUUUAAAACACUGCAAGACUGUGUACAUCAACUGCAUGUCCCUGCACAGCUCCCAGGCAGUCUUUCCAGCUAUAGCAGAAGAAAUUUCAGGGGAAGCGAAAAAUGCUACCGGAAAGGAAAUCAGAAAUCUAGAAAAGCUGGUGACCUCAAAGGGACCCAUCAUUGUCCUUGUGUUGGAUGAGAUGGAUCAGCUGGACAGCAAAGGUCAAGAUGUUCUCUAUACCGUGUUUGAGUGGCCAUGGCUUCCUAACUCUAGGAUGGUCUUGAUUGGCAUUGCAAAUGCUCUGGAUUUAACAGACCGAAUCCUGCCAAGGCUUCAGGCCCAUCCUCACUGCAGGCCCCAGUUGUUGAAUUUUUCCCCAUAUACCAAGGACCAGAUUGCUACAAUACUGCAGAGCAGACUGGCACAGGUCUCAGGUGAUCAAGUUCUUGAUAAUGCAGCAAUUCAGUUUUGUGCCCGAAAAGUGUCAGCUGUUUCUGGAGAUGCCCGGAAGGCACUGGAAAUCUGCAGGAGAGCAGUAGAAAUUGUGGAAUCGGAUGUGAGGAGCCAGACUGUCCUGAAGCCUCUGUCUGAAUGCCUGUCCCCUAAAAAAGAAGCUGUGUGUCCUGUCCCAAAGAAGGUCAGCUUGCCCCACAUCUCCCGUGUUAUUUCAGAUGUAUAUGGUGACAAAAUGGUUGCUAAUGGGGGAACAGCUGAAAAAUUUCCACUGCAACAAAAACUGGUAGUGUGUGCGCUUCUGCUAAUGACACAACAUAGCAAGAUUAAAGAGGUUACUCUGGGCAAGCUGCACGAGGCUUAUAGUAAGGUGUGUCGCAAGCAACAAAUGCCACCAGUGGGCCAAUCUGAAUGCCUGUCCCUUUGCCAACUCCUGGAAACUAGAGGAAUUUUGGGUCUAAAGAAAGCCAAAGAGACGCGACUUACAAAGGUAUCUCUUAAGAUCGAAGAGAAAGAUGUUGAGCACGCAUUCAAAGAUAAAGCCUUAAUCGGAAAUGUUUUACAUGCAGGUCUUUAAACGUCACAUCCAACCUUGAAUUGAAGAGGUUGCUGUAAAUUUUAUGUAAUGUCUUAACCAAUUUUUAAACUUUUUAUUUUUUUUUUAAAAAGCCCCUUCUCUGAGAGCAAGUAGUAUUAAAUGCUGUGACGACCAUGAAUUCCUCUGAUGGGGCACUCGUGUAAUCUUGACUCACAGGAGAAACUGUCUAAUAGCAUGUCAUAUUAUCAGACCGUAUGUGUAUAUAUACUUUUUAUUUCUUUUUAAUGGCAGAGAAAUUGGGCAACUCAUGCAAUGCUGCUGUGUGUAUAGUUUCCUUUUAAGGUUAUUUAAAUUUGCUACAAGCCAUAGCAAAUGAUAUUUUGGUAUCUGUAAGGUACGGUUUAGAUUUUUAAAAUCAGAGUUUUUAUGUACUCUAAAAUCUUUUAUUCAAUCCAAACCUCUUUUAAUAAACAUGAGAUUCGG